AUGAAUUCGAGCAUUCCAAUCGAAGCAAAUGGAAUUCUUCCCCUUUCGACAUUUGAUAUCUCUUUGUUACCAGAGGUCGCCCUGAAAAUACCGGAUUUCGAGGGAGCGGCAGUUCUUCGGCUGUUUGCAAAUUCCUCUCAGUCAGAAAUGGGUUGCUAUUCCUCCUUUGUCACCAACGGUGUUACCCUUGCGCAUCCUUUUGCAGCAACCAGUAUUCUGGGAAUGUUAGUCCUUUGCGGCAUCUUUUCAUCUACCGCGUUAGCGAUAUAUGGGGCGGAUGUCGCUUUAUUUUGGAGUAAUUAUACUCAUUCUCCGUCUGUGUUCGUAUCAUUUUCGAUCUUACACCACAUAUAUCUUAGCGGUGCACUGCCCCUUAACUGGCCAAGCGUGUUGGUCGCCUUCUGGUCAAACUUUGCCUGGUUCUCUGGGAUUAUUUACAACGAAAAAAUGCAAAGUGCGAUCAAUCAAAUUAUUGGAACCCGAAGAGGAGACAACCGCCAGAGGGGGGAAUCGUUAGCUAGAAUCUCCAAUAGUAAUUCUAGGCCCAGAUUCAAUAUCUCCAAAAUAUACAACAGAAAACUUCACCCGGCUACAAGCAACCUGGAAAUGCCACAAAAACAUUUUGGCUCUCUGCUGUUACAACAAGAUAUAUUCCGUUCAUCCAAGAGAUCUCCGUGGUUUGGCACAGCUAUAAAACCUGGCCUCUCUUUACCCGGAGAUAACCACGGAUUUGCAGGCACGCUUGCACAGGAGAAAAUACCGACAUCAAAUUCCUUUCUGACAACUCCGAUUCACGAAGAUACAAGGUUUCUGCAACAGUUUGGCUGGCUUUCGGCUGGUUAUCGGCGAUCCACAUGGUGGUUUUUUACGGUGUGGUUGGGCUACGAAUUUAUACAUGCUUGUCUCAUCGGAGUGAAUUCGAGCAAUGCAAUGAUCCAGGUGUUCGGCCUACUCGCAGUCGAGUGUAUUGCUCUUGUUUGCCUAUGCUGGCUCAGACCCUUUGAGACCACUCGCAUCAAUAUUCUGAUGGUUUACCUUCUCGGCUUCAGCAAGGUGAUUACUGUGGCGUUAUCUUCUCUUUUCUACCCCCAUUUCAAUCUGGAGCGAAGUACUACUACCAUUAUCGGGUUUGCCAUAAUUAUUACCCAAGGACUCCUCACCUCAUGUCUACUUAUCUACAUCUUCCUUGGAGUUAUUUCCAGCUUCAUUUCCAUCACGCGCCAUCACACAGAGCCCUCUAGUAUCGAAACAACCAACAACGGCACCUUAACUAGACUACGCAAGAACCAGCUAGUUUAUAUUGAAAGAUUUCUUUGUGGAUUAUGCCGUCCCCGCCCACCCAAAACUUCUGAGGAGCCCGAGAUUCAAAAAAGGCCUUCGUUCCAUUUUGACUCUUUCCAAAGUUGUUCUAAGAUUGAACACGCGGAAACGGAUAAUUCAAGCACUCUCUAUUCAGUACACCAGUCUGACAUGGCAUACUCAUACAAUUCUGAGUCUCGAACAAUUCCACACCAUCAGAGUAGCUACGAUUCUAUGAAAACGCUCCACAGCAACCCGUGUCUUUGUCCUCGUCAAUACAGUUGUCUACGCUCAGUUCUUACGCGCAAUAAGUUGACACCCCGCUCCUCAAGCCCAAUCUCCCCGUUAGGGACAAUCCAUUCGGAGUCCCGCACACUCCAUGAAGAAUUAGCAGCGGAUCCGAGAUGGCAAGCGGCAUACCAAGGCCUCGUUUAA